AUGACCAAGCAGCAGGAAGUUAUGAGCAAAAUGGAGGUCUUGCCAGUUACACCUAUUGAUCAAAUUACAUAUGGGGCAGUUUCUCAAUCCAUACAAAUUCAAAACAAAGUAGCUUUCUUGUCUCACAGGUUAUGAUAUAUCAACCAAAGGAAUAGCAGAAACUGUGCCUUACCCUACCAGCAAGGCCCUUGAAAAAUAUUUAUUGUUAAAGUUGCGGUGUGAGGGAGAGAGAUUUUGGAUAAUGCCACUGAAGAACCAUGGGGAACUGUUGAGGAAUGAUGAAGAAAAAAAUAGGCUAACAAUUUGGUCCUAGAAGACAGAUUAUAUAUCUGCAUUCAUCUGUCUGAACUUCUGGGACUAGUGAAAGAUUAGAGGUCUAUAAGGCAGGGGAACAGUGCAGUGAGCUCUUCCUGUGAAGUAGCAUUUUCUGUGGCCCAGGGUCUGUGUUCCUCAUCUUCUGUUGUAACUACUGCCCUCUGUGCCAAUGGGUUCCAGAACGCAGAGGAAAACUCUCGCAUCUCAAUCACCUUUUUCCGACUCUUCCGCGUGAUGCGUCUGGUGAAGCUCUUGAGCCGAGGCGAGGGCAUCCGCACACUGCUAUGGACCUUCAUCAAGUCCUUCCAGGUAAUUCUUUAUUUCUUCUUCUAUGCCUUUGCCUUGGGACAGUACUGAUGUGUUUGCCACCUCUACAUUGCACAUUUUUAUAUAGAUCAGCAAUGAUCCCUGAAUGGAUAGUUUUUUCCAGUCACAGGUCUCCCAGCAUUAGGGUGAAUGUGAUGAGGCAGGAUGAGGUAAAGGAUUUCAAAAUCUAAACCCAGAUCUGUAAACCAUGUGGAGGUGUGGAAUUGUUUAGUAAACUAGCUGAUUUUUAUGUUUCAUAAACUCCCUUUAGUGCAGUUUCCAGAGGGGUAACCAUGUUAGUGUGUUGCAAGAAAAACACCCAAGUCUUGUCACAUCUUUAAAGUUAACACAUUUAUUAUGGCCUAAUAUAUUUAUUAGCGGCUAAGGUGCCACAAUACCUUCUUUCCUGAAUUUUAAGUUAAUACUGGACAUUGAAUUGGGAUUGUUGGAUCCUCCUCUGAUAAACAUGCUAAGGCAAAAUGAUUGAUAUAGUCAUAUUUUCCCAAGGUAGUUCACAACCCUAGUUUGUAUUUUUUAUAUAUAUAUUAAAAGUACGGUGUUUUACUUUGUCCCAUCAGGUCAGCCUGCGAACAAGCACUAUCUUUUUGCACUAAUGAUUUAUGCAUCUGUGGCCACAACCAGAAAUUUGGCUUUGUCCAGUAAUGGCAACAGCUCCAACCCCUAUGCAUGCUUUGGGCAUAAGCUGAUGUAUCUUAAUAACAGACACCAGUACUAAAUCCAUGGCAAUGGUCACAAGACAAUGUGAGCUCACACAAUUUGUUGUUGGCAUCUGUCUGUCUCGAGAGACAAUGGAGUGUGCCUCCGAGGGGAGAAUCACAGUGCCUGCUGUGGCUGCAGAGACCAGCAACUUGUAACUGCUGCCUCCUGCAUUGUUUUUGCUGUGUUAGCAGCACCAAAAUUAACUCCCUAGGGCACAGGCCUGUGCAGUGUAUAUAGAGGUCCUGGGCUGCCCAGGUUAUAAGACACCCCCCUCCCUCAGCCUUGCUGAUGUGAUCCAAAGGAAAGCAGAGCAGUACAUUUGGCAUCAGCCUGGCUGCAGGAGCUGCUAGAAGGAAGUGUACAAGACUCCAUCCAACCAUCUUAGUAGCUCCACUCUGGAUUUGUCUGUAGGGUUCACUCUUUAGCCUUUUCUUCCCCCAAAGAUAUCCCUCAAGGCUCAGGUAUGGAUUUUUCAUCAGGGUUUACUCCCGAAGCCUUUCUCACAAAUGAAUAAAAACCUCAAGGCAGUGGAGGUUUAGGAUCAGUUUUCCUUCUCUUAGAUGGGCUACCUUUCGGGCUGACGAGCCCCAUGAGCUAAGCAGAAAUAACCCAUGGGUGUCAACAAGCACCAUUUUUUAAAAAUGCAUUUUAAAAAAUUAUUAUCAGCAAGUUUACAGCCAAGGAGUUUCCUGACAGAACUUUAAAAACAGGCCCCAAACAAAGGACAAAGCUCUGUCCUUCUGUAGUCUGUCAAUAUCAGUCCUAUUUCUCAGCACAACAAAUUGCUCCAUCUCUUAUUCCCUUUACAUCUUUAUUAACACUGUGCCUCUCACUGAGUCACUGUUUGGUUCUUAGUUCUGUCUUCCAUGAUCCUUUAUAAUUUACCCAUAUGGACAGUAUCAUAAACAAGUAGAAAGUCAGUUGUCAAAAAGAGCAAGAAUUGCGUGCUUAGAGGUUAUUCAGACAAACAUAACAAGAGUGUUAAUUUUUUGGAGUCAAUAAAUGACAGAAAAUGGAAAUUUACAAAACAUGUACACUGCAAAUGGAUCCCAAAAAGGAAUGAAUUCCAUUAUCAUUGUGAUUUCAGCAAUAUUUUCCAGUGUUUCCAAAAGAUGUCCCACAAAGUCUAACAAAAUUCUACUCUGCACAGGAACAUACAUGUUGACAGUGCUAAAUAGUUACUAAAUAUAAGAACAACAAUAUUCAUUGAAACCCAACGUCAUUACUUAUUAGAUGAAUUAAGACACUCUACUUUCCUCAUAGUUACAUAAAAAAGUAAUGAAUGACCUCGUUUCAAAAAUGCUUUAUCACCAUAUUUCUCCAUAAAAUAAUUUAAAAACAUUUCACCCCAACUUCCACUGACAGGAAACAAUACUUGGAAUUAAAUUACUUAUGAAGCUUAUAAAAGCAGUGGCAGAAAUACUUAAUUUUAAAGUAGGGAAGAGUAGUUUAUGCUGAUAGAUGUUGUUGUAUAUUGGUUAUUGCACAGAAAAAUGUAACUUUUUCAAAAAAACAUCCACAAGAUACAGUAUACACCUGCCUGCAUUGAGAUGAUGGUAACGUAUUUACUAUACCCAAGAUAAAAUCAAAUACUGGGCAUUAGCCAAUGUUUGCUUAUGUUCAACAGCAGUACUACAGAUAUUGUCUACUGAAAGCAAGACCCACUUCACAUAUUUUUUCUGACACAAAUAUUAAUAAUAAUUUCAGAAAAAUGAAUGUGCAGUGCAAGACUUAUUGACAAUAUAAUUAUGGUUCUGUGUGUUGAUAGCAAGUUUAGUCAAAGAUCAGGUGAAGUCAAAGAUGGAUCAGCAGAGGCACCUAGUGGAAAAACAGACACAUUACAACAAUUCAUUGUUCUUGCAAUGAUUUCGCAUAAUACUGUACAUGCAUUAAAAAAAAUUAGAUGCACAAGUGCAUCCAUGUUUCCACUUUCUGCCAUAUAUGACUUGCCACUUAUACAGCUUCAGGGAUGGGGUGGACGACUAUUGCUGCUGCUGUUGCUUACAUUUAUAGCCUGCCAUUCCUCCAAAGACUUUAAGGUACUGUACAUGGUCAUUCCCCCCCACCCACAACACAUACAUUUAUUGUUAUUAUUUGUCUUCCACACACAUAUCUCAAGGUGAUAUACAAAAGUCCAUUCAAAGAAAUAAAUAUUGUUGAAAGCAACAUGGAAAAUAACCUCAGAUAAGCUCAAAAACAAUAACCAACUAGGCACACCUAAGGCAGAGACUUAUUCAGUGGUGAAAGUCUGUCCUAACAACAAUCUUGUGAGGUAAGCUAGUACGGGAGAUAUGAGACCCAAGGUUAUCUAGUGAACGUCAUGGCUGGGCAGAAAUUUGAACCUGUUUCCCCAAUCCUAGUCCAAUAUUCUAACCAUUUCAACAUGGUGGGUCUCCAAGGGAUGUAUGAAUUUCCAUUUGGAAUGUGACAACAUGUGAGGGAAACAGCAAGUAUAAAUGCAUUUUCAUGUGCUUUGCUGCACACUGAAUAGGCAAAGCCACUUUUGCCUUCUGUCGCAUCCCUUCAGGCUGUUGUAAUAACAUAUAGGGGCUUGCUGAAAUACUCCUUUCUUCAACAAGUCAAACUGUCUUAUUAAGUGGCACACCAUGAUCUAUUUUGGGUUUUUUUUUUCCCCCAGGCUCUUCCCUAUGUGGCUCUUUUAAUAGUGAUGCUGUUUUUUAUCUAUGCUGUGAUCGGGAUGCAGGUAGGUGAUUUCCUAAAAUUAAUGUUUUCACAUACAAAAGUAUAUAUGGAAGUCAACAAACACUUGUAGGAAAACGAUUUGAUUGACCCAAAUAUUUUGACAAAGUGCACAAAAAUAGAGUAUAUUGAAAGAGAUGUGCCAAUAGGACUUUGAUGUUCAUAUUUGUUAUGUCAGUUCAAACAAUUUGGUGGAGACAAUGGAGAAGGGGCUUCCUGGUUCAUUUUGAAGUUGUUUGGGGGUCUGGAAAUGUAUGGUCAAGGAACGAGGAGCAAGCCCCUGCUGCUUUCUUCAUUUUAUUUAUUAAUUUUUUACAGAGGUUGUUCACCAUGGGUGGGGCAACAUUAGAGAAGAUUAAUUGCUUUCCCAGCUAGUAUAAAUACUUAAAUGGAUAUAUUCACGUCAAAGGAUCAAAACCCCUGUAAAAGGAUGACUUUGACCUGUGUUGAGAAGAUUGCUACAGUUGCUUUGAAGUACAGGUGAAAAACCACACCAAAUGCUCUUAGAAUAUUGUACCUGCUUUUUAGCAGUUUAAUUUAGAAUUUAUCUAAACAUUGGCAUAUGAAUCUUAGUUGCAGUAAAUCUUAUAUCUCUUUUAACCACCAGCCUUAUCUGAAAUAUCAUAAGAACAUAGGAGUCUGCCUUACACCAAGUCAGACUAUUGGGCCACAUAGCUCCGUAUUGCCUACAGUAACUGGCAGCUACUCUGUAAGGUUUCAGGAAGGAGACCUUCCCAGCCCUACCUGGAGAUGCUGGGGAGUGAACCUGGGACUGUCUGAACAUAGGCAUACCUAGGUUCCUUGUGCCCUUGGCCAGGAGCUGUAUUGACGACCCACCCAGAAAAGAAUCUGAGAAGCAGGUGAGAUUGCUUGGACAGGAGGAACAUGCCUCCUUGUGGCUGGAUAUUGCUUUCUGCCUGGAAGCCGCUCCAAGGAUCUCUUUCCACUCCCUCCUGCAACAGCAGCUGCAGCUUUUCCUUCUGGAGAUCUCAGAGGAUUCCUUCUGCAGGCAAAACAGAUGCUUUUGCACCCCCAGGACAGGCUGCUUUUGCCAACCCCUAAGUAUGCCUCUGCUUCUGCACAUAAGGGCAGAUGCUGUACCAUUUAGCUAUCACCCUUCACCAUCUGGUUUUGCACUGCCAGUCUAAAAUCAAUUGAUGAAAGAGCUACAUUGACACAAUUGGUUUACAACUCGUGGAACUUCAGUUUGUGUCAUAAUUUGGGGCUGGCAUUGGGGAACCAUGCCACCCGUGACUUCAACAGCUGUGUAGCAGGUAGAAAUUCAAUAGGUUACAAUUAUAGGAAAAGCAUCGCCUGACAGCAUUUUGUCAGUCAGACACCCUACAACUUGUGGAUAGCUACUGAUUUAUUAUUGGGCCUUCCACCCCACUCACAAAAGAGGGCACAAAAUUGUGUAUGAAACACACAUACACACAAAGCAAAUGUUAUACAUAUGUGUGCCUUCUUUUCCAGUGGGGGUGGAGAGCCCAAUCCACAAAGUGUACUGGACCAGAAAAUGUUGGAAUCCCUGGUUCAAUACAUUCAAUCAAGUUCUUGGUAUGCGUGUAUGUUGCAGAGAAGAAGUGAAGCUUUAGAAACACACUUUUUCCUUCUGCUACAACGUGGUGUACCUGGCAGUGUUUAUCUGUCCAGUGUCAGUGGUGGUGGGUGGAUUUUGCCCACACCACACCAUUGUCUAUCAAACACAAUAUCUUAUUUUCCCCCAUAUGCAUGGAUAGCAGCCAUUCACUUACAUGGGGGGGGGGAGGGAAAAAAGUGUGUACUCAGGGGCAGAACUGAGGUGGGAGCUAAACUACCCCUGGGUUUGCAACUCUCCCAACAGCAUUGUUUAUUGCAACCCAUCUUCCUCCAUGCAGAUUAAACCUGCUCCUGUCUUGGUCAUAGUAUAAUAUGGUUGCUAAUGUAAUAGAGACAGAACCCACAGAGCUUCCUUUUAAUAUAUGACAAGGCAGAAAUGCACCUAAUUUGUACACAAUAUUUAAUUAUCCCAGAUGAAUGUUGGACACUUUGCCUCAUUCAAGAUUUUAACAAUCUAAUUGAUCUUAUUAUAUUGCAAAACCAAUAUUUCUGCAAAAAAAGAAAUAUCUGCAUUAAAAUGUGUAUCUUUGUCACAAACAAAGUUUUUGCAUUAAUCUAUAUUUUGAAUUUGACAUAACGAAGAAAUAAUUAGAAAAGGUUCAGGCAAUUCUAACUCACAUUCAUAUUUUAAUAAAUAAUUAAUAAAUAUUAAGUGCUAAGUAUUUUUUAUUAUGUCUCUUCUCUUUGGCAAUCACUCGUAGCAGAGUAAGAUUGUCUUCCACGAACACUGUCUUAACAGUGAGUCUGUAUAGGACUGUGGAGGCCAAUUCUGGAUCUACAUGUCCUUCCACAAUGGGGACAUAGGUUUCCGGACGGGAGUUGAUCACGUGAAGGUUUGUCAAAUGUGCCUUCCUCUUAGCUCCUUUCUCCUUUUCGCCCUGAGUUCAUGCUUCUUCAAAGUCCAUCACACCUUUGGUAAAGGCUGUUCUCCAGUUGGAGCGCUCGCAGGCUUAUACUACAUUUGUUUAGAUUUGCCUUGAGAGUGUCUUUAAACCCCUUUUGCUUUCCAUUUUUGAGUUUGGAAUAGAGUAGUUGCUUUGGAAGACAAUAAUUAUAUCCUCCUCAACUCUGCAAAGUCCCAUUUCCUCAGCUACUCAACUCUUAAUGGGCAUGAAGGGUUUUGCCAAAUCCCUUGCAGUGAAAAAGCCUGGUGAGAGUUGUUUGAAUCCACUUGAUGCAAGAGUUCCCUUUUUUAAAAAAAAUGCCCUUGAGACAUUACUAUUGAGUCAUCAGUUUGGAUGCACCAGAACUGACAGUUACAUGAGACUUUCCUAUUUAAGGAAAGAAAGAAAGAAUCUAUCUUAGCUGUCUCUUCUGAUACUAAGCAUCACAAUGCUUAAGCUUCACCAACUUAUGUGACCAAGUGGAAAAACACAAAUUGAUUAUGAUGGAUGACGCUGCCCAGCUGAAGCUUCAACAAGUGUGCUUAGAGGAAGAAUCUUCUUUUCUGUCGUCUUCUGCAUUGCAAUCACUUCUACAUACUGUACUUUGCUAAUGAGUAAGAUGAAAUGCUGAUUUUAGCCUAACCAUUGCCCCUCAUUUAGUCUGUUAUAUGAAGAGCUUAAAAGAACAAAUGAAAUAUCUCAUGGAAACAUUGCCUCAUACUCUUCUUUCCUGAGAUGAAAAAUAUGGCCUGCCUCAGAGUAUUUAAUCUGUCCUCCUGCAACGGUAACUCCCAACACCCCCUCAGAACAGCUGCAACUGUCAUUACUAAAAUAGUGAGUCUGAGCCUGGGGGAGUCUGAGCCUAGAGAAUUUCAGAGUACUCCUAAGGCAACUAACUUAGAAUAACUUCAUUUUAAAAGCAAUUUUCUGCCUCUCAUGCUUAAUUUUUUAGAACAUUCCUGUAUUUCUUUCUCUUUAAAAAGCAUGAUGCUCAGAAGGAUAUUGCAGCACCUAAGCCUACCAGCAUGGGACGCGGGUGGCGCUGUGGGUUAAACUACAGAGCCUAGAACUUGCCGAUCAGAAGGUCGGCAGUUCGAAUCCCCGCGAUGGGGUGAGCUUCCGUUGCUCGGUCCCAGCUCCUGCCAACCUAGCAGUUCAAAAGCACCUCAAAGUGCAAGUAGAUAAAUAGGUACCGCUCCGGUGGGAAGGUAAACGGCAUUUCCAUGCGCUGCUCUGGUUCGUCAGAAGCAGCUUAGUCAUGCUGGCCACAUGACCCGGAAGCUGUACGCCGGCUCCCUUGGCCAAUAAAGCGAGAUGAGCGCUGCAACCCCAGAGUCGUCCGCGACUGGACCUAAUCGUCAGGGGUCCCUUUACCUUUACUAAGCCUACUAACAGGAUUUUCUAGAACCACCACAUGUGCAGAAAUCAACCAGAUUCUGCAGCACUUGCACAUGAAAACAACAAGGAAAAUAUAUCUCACAAGAUACAGAGAAUUGCAAGAUGGUAGCCCUACUAUGAAAUGUAGCAUGAUACUGAACUAAAGUGCUGGGUUCAUGCAUAUGUCACAGAAUUAAUUAUUUCUGUACUGGUUCUUAAAUAACAGAAGAAUGUUCUUUAAAUUUAAAUGUAAAUUCAUCUUUACAUGGCAUCUUCUUCACUUAUAUACUGAAGCUAAAGUACUUAUAGCUGUCAAAUGAAGGGAAAGGAUUUCUUGGCAAAUCUCUCCUAGCCUGCCUAAGCUCUCCAAGGAUUGUGUGUGAUGUGGCCAACAGAAUAACCCUGUAAUUUUACAUACACAAUGUGUAAUCUUGUGCUCAAAUUUUGUAACUAAACCACUGUAAUCCUCUGUACUUAUUUUUGAAAAAUAUUUGUAUUAAUGUCAUUUGUAAAUUGAGAGAAAACACACAUUGAGUUAUAUGGAUAAAGAAAAACUGAAGGGCUACAGAAGCUUUAGAACAGAUUAGAAUUUAACACAAUUCUGAAUAAUUUUAGAGUUGGCCUUAAAAUUCAAAGAUUCAGUUACAGAAAAGGAAAAAUAGAGUUCAAUCAAAUAUCUACACAGUACUGGGGAACAGUGUUCAAAACUCCUGUUGUUCUAGGUGCAUUUUGUGACAAGGGAUUUCAUGAGCGCGAGCAGUUUCGGAGCUCUGGCCACAGUACUGCACCUAAGAUUUCAGAUUAAAACUGCGGAGUGAAAGAAAAGAAGAAACUUUUUCUGCCUCCCCACUUCCAGCUACUCUCUGAGAAGAGAAGAGACUGGAGAAGAGGCCAUCUUAAGAAUAUUAGAUGGGUGGGCAGGGGAAGGAAUAGACCAUGUGAAAAAUGAACAUAUUUCAGCUGCAGUUCAUUAAUUUUCAGCAUUGUAUUAUUGUUAUUAAAAAAGUUUGCCUAGACAUUCCGGCGUUGCGUCCAUAACCUAGGUUUAAGGUGCCAUUUAGCUCCUAACUUUCAUAUCUUAGUAGGCUGACGUUGAAUCUGCUCUCCCGAGGAAUAACCCCACUGAUCCUCUGCGACCAGUUCCAGUCAGGCUGGCAGACAGCAGUCCUGAACACCCUUCAGAAACUGGGUGUUGCCCCUCAAGCCCUUCUAAGUCUGGGGUUGGGCCAGGCAAAAGCUACGGUCAGGCAAAGAAUCAUAGACACUGAGAGACAACAGGACUGCUCAAGGUGCCCCGACUGUAAUAUUGGAGAAAUCGAGAGAUAUAUAGCCGCACCAGCAGCAUAUCUCUUCUUUCUCGUAUCCAAAAAUGCAAGAAGGGCUUUUACACUUGCCAGAAGCUUGGCUCUGCCCUCGCCAGUCCUGGAAGGAUCCUUUUAAAAAGUCCCAUAUGCUCAGAGACUUUGUGCCUGUUCAUGUGGGGAUAUAGGAAGCCCAGAGCACUUGUUCUUUAGAUGUCCCUUUUAUGAAGAGGCAUGUAGUGAGACCAUUGAUCCCCUGCUGGUGAGGCUCGCUGACCUCCCGGAAAAGCAAAAAUUUGACCUUUUCCUGUCAGGCAAAGAUCAUAAGAUGACCCGGAUGGUUGCAAGAUUCUGUUUACAGAUCUGUAGGCACAGACUAUCCCCCAACCCAAACUAGUUCGUUAAGAAAAUCCCCAAACUCGAUUCCAUGGGUGACUCUGGAUCAUCUCUCUGCGGUAGCUUAUCUUAAAGUUUUAAAUGUCUAUACGCUUAUCGCAUUUAUAAAUUUUAAGUUUAUUGUUGUACAUUGUUUUAAAUAUUUGUUUUCCUUCUGGGAUUGUAGCCCCAAGUAUGUUUUAUAAGCUGGUCUCCGACCGUAAUAAAUUAUCUAUCUAUCUUAGUUUCUAACACUGCUGGGGAAAGAUGUGAAACAAAUGAGUUUGAAUAUCUGAAAUGUGGAGGGUGCAUCCAUAUUUUUUUUAUUUAUUUAUUUAUUUAAAAUAAAUAAGAAUAUUAAUGUGAUAGCUAGCAUGAAAUAUAAUCUUACAAGCUCCUUUUUUCUACUAGGUGUUUGGUAAAAUUGCCCUGAAUGAUACCACAGACAUAAACCGGAACAACAACUUUCAGACCUUCCCCCAGGCAGUACUACUGCUUUUCAGGUGGGUUUCACACUUGUUUCCCUGGUUCAACUAUAUCAUGGAGAAGUUAGUCACUGUGUCUAAGAGAAGCCACCUUACACUUGGGCUGUGAUCCAAUCAAUUUGAUACCCUGCCCAACAAUAAAUGUCCAAUGAUUGUUAAGAUCUGAUACAUCCAAAAUCUCCUAAAAUGCAUCUGCUCAAAGUUCUUUGCCAUGACUAGCUAACUGAAGAAUAGGUUGACAGUCCAAUAUUGCAAACAUUGUGGCUGCUUUUGAACCAUGAGUUACACUGUGCUGCAGGAUAGUUAGUUCCCAUUAGGUGGUGGAGCAGACAUGACAUGACUAGCUGAGCCUUUAAUCUCUAGAUCAGAGCUUUCCAAACUGUGUGUUGUGACAUGAUAGUGUGUCAUCUGCAGUGUGUAGGUGUGUUGCGUGAAUACUCCUUGUGCUCCUCCCGGGGCUGGAAAGGGGUUAGGUUAACCUCCAGUUUGCUAGUAAAACUGAAUUAUUGUGUCACAAAAUGAUGCAUAUCUAAAAAAGUGUGUCACCAACAUGAAAACUUUGCAAAGCUCUGCUCUAGAUUAUUCAGUGGUAAAGACGAAUUACCUUCUUCCCAUCAACCCCUUUUCAAUAGAUGUGCUACUGGCGAAGCUUGGCAGGAAAUCAUGCUGGCAUGCCUCCCAGAUAAGAAGUGUGACCCUGAAUCCUUGGAAUCAAACAACUCUACUGAAGGUGACCAUUCCUGUGGGAGCAGCUUUGCUAUCUUUUAUUUCAUCAGUUUCUACAUGCUGUGUGCCUUCCUAGUAAGUAUAUGUCAGCAGCUUAUGAGUGUUAGUGAUUAACAUGCACUUAACUUGGAAACAUAGGAUGCAAAAUUUUGCAUGACAGACUACAAAAUAUGUCAGUCAUUCUUACCUACUGGGUCUGCAUAGACCAUUUAUCUCUCUUUUAAAUUACUUGGUCUUUAAUUUUGCUUGCUUACCACUUUAUUUUACUUUAUUUUAUCCAUACUAGUAUUUGUUGUAUUAAACAGAGUAUGCAGGUUUGUAACUAUAUAAUAGAUUAUAUACAUAGGAUGCUGCCUUAAACUCGAUCAAGCUAGUGGUGCCUUUUCCAUCACCUACUACUUGUUCCUUUUCAAAACAAAGCAAUGAAGUCUAGGUUCCUUUUCAGUUAAAUGUUUUACAGAGUUUUCUUCUCAAAUUCUGAAUUGUGCAUGGAAAGGAACUUCAAUUGUGGAUGUUCUAGCAUGAAAUACUGACUAUUAUUGUUGUUUCUGAUCUUCCUUGCAGAUCAUUAACCUUUUUGUAGCUGUUAUCAUGGAUAAUUUUGAUUACUUAACACGGGAUUGGUCUAUUCUGGGUCCUCAUCAUCUGGAUGAGUUUAAACGGAUCUGGGCUGAAUAUGAUCCUGAAGCCAAGUAAGUCCCAGGACCAUGUUCCAGAUACAUUUUUAGGAGAAUAGUUGCCCUAACUUCUGUCUAUUCACCACUGAAUUUAUUAUUCUAAAACCAUAGUUGUGGCAUAGCUAAAAGUAACAACAACAACAACACUUUUGUAAAGCAUUUUCAAGUGUUGAAAGUGCUUCACAUGCAUUAUCUAAUUGUUGUUCUUAUAAUAGCUCAGUAAAAUGAGUUAUAUUAUUAUCCUCCCUAUUGCAGGUAGGAGAGACAGAGUUGUUUACUUAAAAUAAAUUGUUGACCAGAAUGCAGCAUAAGUAAUUUUGGAGAAUGCUCUAGAGAGAAGAAACUUUAGCUGAAUAACAUCCUUUUGUUUUGAGAAUUUUAAAAAAGGUUUUACAAAAGACCACUAUUUUUAGCUGAAUUUAGGACCAUGAGGACUCAAAACCCAAAAGAUCUGGACCAAAGUGUCAACCUCUAUAUCCAACACCACAGAGCAGUUAUAAGGAAGGUAUACCUGAUCAGAACUGCUUUUACAGCGCAUACGUGGGUGGUGCUGUCGUCUAAACCACUGAGCCUCUUGGGCUUGCUGAUCAGAAGGUUGGCAGUUUGAAUCCCUGCAACAGAGUGAGCUCCCGUUGCUCUGUCCCAGCUCCUGCCAACCUAGCAGUUCAAAAGCAUGCCAAUGCAAGUAGAUAAAUAGGUACCGCUGUGGCGGGAAGGUAAACGGCAUUUCUGUGCGCUCUGGUUUCCGUCACGGUGUCCUGUAGUGCCAGAAGCAGUUUAGUGAUGCUGGCCACAUGAAUCGAGAUGAGUGGCACAACGCCAUAGUUGCCUUUGACUGGACUUAACCGUCCAGGGGUCCUUUACCUUUAUCCUUUACAGUGCAUAAGCAAAACAUAGCCAGAUUAUUUAAGAAUACAGAAUGCAGGUGGAAGUCUUUACUCAUAAUUGCAUAUAUUUGCACAGUUGCAUUCUAGUGUUAGUUAACUUUUAUUUUGUUUUUCUUACUAAAUGUGUUUAGAACCUGAAAUGCAUUAUUCCUUUAUAAAGGAUAUUCUGUAGAGCAGGGGUAGCCAAUGUGGUGCCUUCCAGAUGUUGCUGAACUCCAACUCCCAUCAUCUCUGACCAUUGGCCUUGCUGGCUGGGCUGAUGUGAGUUGGAAUCACCAACACUUGGAAGGCACAACAUUGCCCAUCCCUCACCAUAGAGGCUUUUAUUGAAUUAGAGAAAGUGAGUUUUUCAGGAGUAAAUUUAUAGUCCUAGUUUCACUAGACUAGGAAAGCAGGUUUAUUUUCAGUGUCACAGUGCAUGCUGCUACAUCAUGGGAUAAAAUCCCUUAGAAAGUCAGAGGGAGUAUACUACACUGCUAUAGUCUUAGAAAGAGGCAGAUGCACAAAUCAUUGGUUUUUCUGAAUUAAGAGAUAACUGAUUUAAGUACGUUUUGUUGUAAAAUCCUACCAAUUCAAUAAAAACCCAUAUUAUUGUAUGUGUUUUGCAUCACUGCAACUUAAAAGCAAGAGUUAGUUGCAAUGCCCUGGUUUUUGUUAAAACUAACGUCAUAAGGUAUAGGCCCUAAAUCAAAGCCUGUAUCUGCUUCCUUUGCAACAGACACAGCAUAGAAUUCAAUUCAAUUGUUACAGCUUGCACUAGCUCCAGAAUAAAAAUAACAACAGAAUUUGCUAUAUACAUACAGAAACAGUUGGAAAAUAUCCUGAAAAUAUAGGGUGAUACAGGAAGGCAAAGCAAUAGGCCAGAGAGCCUGAGAUCCCAAUUCUUCAAUAUGAACUUCUCAAAACUCAAGAUGAACAAUUCUCAGAUUUAGUAUUUCAUUCCCAACACAGAAUGCACAGCAUAUUUGAGAUACUUUUUAAAAAAAUUGUCUGGGUUAAUCAAAAACCAGUAGUAGGGAACUGGCAUGCAACUUGGGCCCUUAGCAAUGAAGGCACUCAGGCUCACAGGAUUGUAUUUGACUCAGAUAAACUCAUAUAGUGUAGGUGGAAUUCAGUGUCAUAUUAUGAUGAUUGUUCCAUCUGCACAUGCAUUUCUGACUGCUAGACACAACAAUUUCUCCAAUCCUUCCCCUGCAUGCUAUUUUGGGGGUUCUCUCAACUCUCUUAGAGGAGAUGAGGGGAAGGUGCAGGGGCAAGAAGAUGAGAAAAGCCCCACUGCACUAGCAGGAGUCCUUGCACUGAUUCUCACUAGCACAAUGAAUUAGUUAAAUCUGGUCCUGUAUUCCUAACUAAGUGACACGUCCCUUUUGCACUUUCUCCUAUAGGGGACGUAUCAAACAUCUAGAUGUGGUGACACUGCUCCGUCGGAUACAGCCUCCACUGGGUUUUGGGAAACUCUGUCCUCACCGGGUAGCUUGCAAGGUAUGACACUUCUUUCUUUUUACAAAGGCGAUCACAUUAACAGAAUCUAAUCUUUGUUUGCAGUGCUGUUUUUCUAGAAAAAGAGGUGCCGGAACUCACCUCCCUUGUUCUCUUAUUAUGGCAAUGGCACCCAUCUGAUAGGUGCUGGAACUGAGUUCCAGAUGAAAAAAAGCCCUGUUUGUUUGAGACCUCUCACUAGAUCCAGACAUUAGUCCCUACUAAGCAUUCUAUGGCUCUCGUAGCAACUGGUGUUUAGGAUAUGGCAAAACUUGGAUAAUGUUGCCUCUCCAAUUUAAUGUCAAUAUGUCCCUUAGCUGCUGUGUUCUGAUCAGACCUACCCACUAUGGGGAGGGAAUGUGAACUGAUGUCGAUUUGCUUUAAGAAUAUAUCUCGUAUUGGCCUGAAUAUAAGCCUCACUUUUCCGCCAAAUUCUGACUGUGAAAAGUUACACUUAUAUUCGCAACCUUAUGGUAUGCAACCAGGAGUGUGGGGCAAACAGUGCCAGGAGCACAGCAAAGUGGCAACCGCCCAAUAAUAAUAAUAAUAAUAAUAAUUUUAUUAUUUAUACCCCACCCAUCUGGCUGGGCCUCCCCAGCCACUCUGGGCGGCUUCCAAAAAAAUAUUAAAAUACAUCAAACAUUAAAAGCUUCCCAAGGCCGGGAAGGGAGAGAGCACGGCUCCCCCACUCCCAGUAUGCAGCCAGGAGCAGCGAGGAAUGGAGCGGCUUAUAUUUGGGUAUUUUUUCUUUUUCUCCCUCCAAUUUUAAAUGUGCAGCUUAUAUUCGGGCCAAUACGGUAUAUCACACCUUUGUCCAAAAAUGUGUAUCAGGGCAGUGUAUAUAAAAAAUUAAAAUCCACAGCAAUUUAAAAUGCCUUCCUUGGGGAAUGGGGGUUCCAAUACAGAGAAGGCACUGUUUUGAACAUAUAUAAUGUAUUUCUCCUAAAGGUAGUACACAGAGAAGGCCUCCUCUGAUGAUCUUAAUACACAGAAAGGUUGAUAUGGGAGGAGGCACUCCUUCAGAAAUAUAAAGGACACCAACCUUUAUCUUUUUCCUCCUCCAACCCUUUCUUUGGUAUCAUAUUUUUCAGAUUGCAAAUAAAUGUAGUAAAUAAAUAAAUCCCAAACCCUGAGCCCAAUUUUAGGUAGGCCUCAGUGCUGCAGCCAUCUCCUGUCUAGACUUUUUGGUUGGACUACUGUCAGCUUCAGCAGCUGCCUGCAUGUGUCUGCACAGGCCCAUGUGGGUGUGAGAAUGUGCCAGAGAGCAAGAUGAGAGAGGUGACUGCAGCAUGUAAGGACCGAGCCCUGUGGAACCCCACAUUGAAGGUUCCACAGGGCUGAAAAGCAUUCCCCAAGCAAUACCCUCUGGGAAUGACCACCCAGGUAGGACUGGAAUCACUGCAAAGCAGUGCCACACACCCCUCCCCCAGUUCAGACCGUCGCUCCAGAAGGAUACCAUGGUCGAUGGUAUCGAAAGCUGCUGAGAGGUUGAGAAGAAUUAACAGAGACAUAUCUCCCUUGUCAAACUCUGCCUCCUCCAUCCUUUAGUGACUGGUAAGCCUCAGUAAUUUACAGCCCUCUCACAUGAACCCUGGAAUAGAAAGUUUGAGAACUUCUGAUUUAGUCUGUUGGUAGCUGGACAACAAUGCAGCAUUUUCCAUGAAAACUUCUGGAAAUGGUCACUUUUGGAUGCAAUAUACCAAGUUUGUCCAGGAAGAUUCAAAAGUCAAAAAAGAAAGAACCUGGGGGUGAGGGGUAUAGCAGUAUUUGAGUUAAUCUUGAACCUGAUAAGAGAAAAGCAUAUGAAUAAAUAUAGUUCAUUCAGCAUAAUAUUUUCUCUAUUUUUUCAAUCCUCAUAGCGCCUUGUGUCCAUGAAUAUGCCACUAAAUAGUGAUGGGACUGUCAUGUUUAAUGCAACUUUGUUUGCACUGGUCAGAACAGCGCUGAGGAUCAAAACAGAAGGUAAGACCCUUAAGGUGCAGUAUGAUUGUGUGGGAUACUAUCAAGGCUGGGCCAUGGACAGCAGCAGUCUGGAGUGAGCCAGGAACCGGGAGUCAGGACUAAAGACAAAUACAGACCAAAGUGCCAUUUAUAUUUAGACAGACAUCUAGUGACUGGGGUAAGCAGUUUAGUCACAUUUUUAAGGUAUGGUUUUUACACCUAUAAUGACUUAAAAUUUAAUUCAUAACAAAUUAACUAAUUCUUCAGUUUAGGCAGGUGUGCAGUCAUGUACCAAAUUACCUUAUUAUAACACCAUUCUUUUGUGGCUGGCAGAGAUAUAUGACUUUUCUGAAGGCUGUUCGCACAUCCAUGUCAGUAUGUCAGAAUACAUGGGUCAAAUGUGACAAAUAUGACUUUGCUUUUACCCUGUUCAAAUUAACAUUUACAAAGUGGCUGUCAACUAACUUUCAGGAUUAACAUAGUGAUGUAGUAAAGCUAAGUUCAUAAUACAGAAAACUAGAACUGAGUACACAGUUAAUUCAUCAUACUUCAUUAUGACUGUGAUAAUGUUUUAUUAUGGUUUUAUAUUUGCUGGAAGCUGCCCAGAGUGGCUGUGGCAACCCAGUCAGAUGGGCGGGGUACAAAUAAUAAAGUAUUAUUAUCAUCAAUCUAGAUCUAUUUAAAGUUCAUCCAUAGCUACAAUUGUUGUUACAUGAAAGCCUUAAAUCUCUAGCUAUAUAAGAAUCACAUUAUACAAAUGUGUUAAUAGUAGCCUUGAGUUUUACUUGAAAAGGGUCAAGUUGACCCUAAUUGCUAGUGUUUUUGCUGCUCUUGAAACUUCCUCCCGCUGAAUGGAGUCUUUAUUUGCACUACAGUUUUUCUUCCUGGAUGUAUCUGUAUUCAACAUUAUAACUAUGUUAGACCUGGCUUUAUCAUUAUACAGGGGUGUAUUAUUUCUAGGGUUAUUUCCCCUGUAUUUCUCACUCUAAGAAUCCCUAGAUUGUCUUCACACAACCUUUCCAAUGAGAGAGGAGUAUUCCUUUUUUUUGGGGGGGGGGGAAUAAAUUUUUAUUGAUUUCUUCUUUCCACAAUAAGUGAUAAUUCCACAAAUAACAUCAAAAACAGGUUUUCCUCCCUUUCCCCAUAUAUACAUUUAUCCUUUCAACACUAUCUCUUGCGAGAUUCUUAAAAUCUCGCUACUUCCCUCCAUUUCCACUUCUGGUUCUUUAUAUAUACCAAAUUCUUCUGCAUUUCCAUAUCUAUGCUUAGCCCAUUAUUAUAUCCUUAAUUAUCCAAAUUUCUGGUAAUUGCAAGAAUUUAGUUGAAGCCUGUUAAUGUUUCAGCUUGUUUAUAAUAUUUUUGCACAUAUACAAUAAAUGUUUCCCACUCUUUUUUAAACUUCUCAUUAUCAUGGUCUCUGAGCUUUGCUGUCAGUUUUGCCAUCUCUGCAUAGUCCAUAAGUUUGAUUUGCCAUUCUUCUUUUGUUGGUAUCAUUUCUUCCUUCCAUCUUUGAGCUAACAGGAUCUGGGCUGCUGUUGUGGCGUACAUAAAUAUCCUCUUCUGUUCUUUGGGUAGUUCAGCCCCUAUUAAUCCUAUUAAGAAAGCUUCUGGUUUUUUUAACAAAAGACAUUUUGAAAUUUUUUUUCAAUUCAUUAUAAAUCAUUUCCCAGAAAAACAAAUGCUUUUGAGGAAACAAUACAUAUGUGCUAAGGAAUACUCCUCUCUCAGUUUCUGGGAAAUGAAAGAGAAGUAAUCCUUAGCACAUAUGUAUUGUUUCCUCAAAAGUAUUUUUUUAUGGUAAAAUGCACAAGCUCACCGCAGUGUUGGGUGGCUGUAGUAAUUUGUAUCAAGCAACAUGGAAACCUGAUUUUGAAAAGAUAAUCUCACAGAAGUUUUAGGAUGUUUUUAUGAGUGCAGAUCCCAAAAUCUGCUCUGUGCAUAACCAGAAGGAAGAACAUUUGUAAGUCAGUGAGUUGUUGUUUAGUCGUUUAGUCGUGUCCGACUCUUCGUGACCCCAUGGACCAGAGCACGCCAGGCACUCCUGUCUUCCACUGUCUCCCGCAGUUUGGUCAAACUCAUGCUGGUAGCUUUGAGAACACUGUCCAAACAUCUUGUCCUCUGUCGUCCCCUUCUCCUUGUGCCCUCCAUCUUUCCCAACAUCAGGGUCUUUUCCAGGGAGUCUUCUCUUCUUCUCAUGAGGUGGCCAAAGUAUUGGAGCCUCAGCUUCAGGAUCUGUCCUUCCAGUAAGCACUCAGGGCUGAUUUCCUUAAGAAUGGAUAGGUUUGAUCCUCCUGCAUUCCAUGGGACUCUCAAGAGUCUCCUCCAGCACCAUAAUUCAAAAGCAUAAAUUCUUUGGCGAUCAGCCUUCUUUAUGGUCCAGUGAGUAGGUAGUAUUUAAUACUACACCAUUUCAGUCAAAUCUAUCCCCAAUCUGAAGAAAGGAGUUGGGGGUUCCUUACUAGGAUGUAGGCAAGUGGGGAUUUCCCUGCUGCAUUCUGCCCCCACCCCAUUCCAGCCUGUUCCGCCCCCUUUCAAUGCCAAAAACUGUGUGUGUGUGCAGUCACAUGUGACUUGAACUCACGUGAGUGUGGUGUUGCCUGUAUCAUCUUUUUUUGUCCUCCCCUAACAUUAAGCGGUUUGGACUCUGUUAUGGUAGAAAUCAAUAAAAUCAUAGGUACUGACCUUCCAUUUGACCUGUUCUUUAUUCUGUUUGGAUUUACAAAAUGCUAGGUGAAAAUGUGAAAAUGGUAACUCACCUUUCAAUAGCAGCAGUAGAAAAAGACAACCCUGCUUUCAUUGAUUAGCGGUGUCUGUAGGUAUCAGAUAUGGCUUACUCAGUCAAACUGACUAAUAUGAUAACAAUUAGAGAAGGGAGACAGCAAAAUGUGUAUUUAUUGAUAAAUAGAGUUUCUUUACCAUGUUUUAAGGUGGAUUUAAGCAACAGUGCUUGUGUUCUGUGAACUUUGCUUUUGCAAUUAAUACUGCAAGCUUUGCAAUAUAUGGUUACGUAACUGCAUAUACAGUGGUACCUUGGGUUACAUACGCUUCAGGUUACAUACGCUUCAGGUUACAGACUCCGCUAACCUAGAAAUAUUACCUCGGGUUAAGAACUUUGCUUCAGGAUGAGAACAGAAACCGUGCUCCAGCAGCGCGGCGGCAGCAGGAGGCCCCAUUAGCUAAAGUGGUGCUUCAGGUUAAGAACGGACCUCUGGAACGAAUUAAGUACAUAACCAGAGGUACCACUGUAUUAUUAUGUACAUCUUGUAUAUUCACCAAAAAAUAAAUAAAUAAAAUGCAUGCCCUUCUGCUUUAUCCACAUGCAGUCUCUCACACCAUGCUAUGCAGGUCAUAAAAGCCAGCAAAAAGUUUUUUUUCCUUCAUUUUUUUGUACAGGCUUAAUUGUGUUUGCUAGAAUCAAAGAUGUUUCUGAGAGACUUGUCUUAAAAUUACUUCUCGGGCUACUGUUUCUUCUGGCAGGUAACUUGGAGCAAGCAAAUGAAGAGCUGCGUGCAAUAAUUAAAAAGAUUUGGAAGCGCACCAGCAUGAAGCUGUUGGAUCAGGUUGUGCCCCCAGCAGGUGGUGAGCACACCUUUUUUCUGUAUUUAAUACUGAAGGACAAAUCAAUAUUUUUCCAUGCAAAGAAAUAUUAUUUAUGAUGGCGAUGGCUAGACAAGUACUGUAAUAGCCAAGAACGGGAAAUGACAAGCUGAACCUCUGGUACAUGGGUAUUAGUGAGUAGAAAUCUGCAUUAACAGAAAAAAUUACAAAACAGUUGAGAGCAGCCAAACAGAUAUAGACAACUUUAUUGAAAAAAUGUAUUUUUCUUACUACUUUUGGAAACAAAAGAAGAACACUAUGUAAGGCAUUUAGAUACACAUGACAAACUCUGAUGUGCAUUUUAGGAUAAGAUAUAUGAAAAGCUACUCUCUAUUGUUAUCAGUUAUACACUUAAAUAAGUACACUGAUAUGUAUACAAUCUCCCUUUCUACCUACCAUUAUUUGUUCCUCUUUCUAUUCUGCUUACAUGUUAAACAUGGAACAAUAAAAUAUAUUUUUUUAAUACUCUGUAACAUGCUCUGUAAUUACUUGGAAAAGAGAAGCCUAGCUUCUCUUUACAGUAUAUGAGAAUAACUACUUGCCUGGCUGGACAUUACCACCAGUAAAUAACUAUGCCCUGGUGAAUGAGAAAUCAACAAAUAAAUAUAAUUGUUUUCAGCUUCUUCUAUGCUUUUAAACUUAGAUGAUGAGGUAACAGUUGGAAAGUUUUAUGCUACAUUCCUGAUUCAAGAGUAUUUCCGAAAAUUCAAGAAACGCAAAGAACAGGGCCUUGUUGGCAAACCUUCACAGAGGAAUGCUCUUUCCCUCCAGGUAAGAAACAGAUAUUGCUUAAUAUUAUGCUACUGAUCCACCACAUCCACCAUUUCCAUAGUCUUUCCACCAAAGAUAUAAACCAAUGAAUCUCAAACUGUGGGAACAUUGGGGAGGUACAACAUCCUAUUUGAUGAGUCCCAGACCUAAUUUUAAAUGUAUUCUGACUAAAACCCCAUUGAAUGCCAGCUUUAUGCCCCUCCAAGACAUGGCUAUACCAGGUAUCCUUUUGUGUACUUUUUAUUGAUUGUGCUCAGCUCCUGCAGAACAAGCUUUGAUUUUUCACAGGCUUUUCAUUUCUAUGAUACCUUAAUAGACACUCCCAUUUAUCUAAACCACUGAGCCUCUUGGGCUUGCCGAUCAGAAGGUCGGCAGUUCGACAGGGGCGAACAAAGGUGUCAUGACACCUGGGGCAGCAAACCGCGGUGCAUGUGCGGUGCAUGUGUGGCGUUGCUACAUACACCGUACAUAGUGGGUUGCUGGUGGCAGUGCUCCAGCGCCGUACGGACGGUGCCGGGAUCCUCUGCUUGCAGCUGCAGCCGCAAAUGGAGAAUCCUCCAUUCGUGGCGGUAGUGGCAAUGGAAGGAUCCCACCCGCCGUCCAUGCAGCGCUGGCGGCAAACCGCUAUGUACAGCGCUUGUGCGGCGGCGUUACAUACAGUGCAUGCAUGUGGCACCACACAUGCACUGUACAUAGUGGUUUGCUGCAAGCGCCAGGAUCCUCUGCUUGCAGCCGCGAACGGAGGAUCCUCCACAUGCGGUGGCGCGAUGGCUGCUUGAGCCCCCGCGGGGUGCCUUCUUGUCACCCCCCCGACAUGGCACCCAAGGCACACUGCCCCCCCCCCCCGUUGCAACGCCACUGCGGUUCGAAUCAGCACAACGGGGUGAGCUCCUGUUGCUUUGUCCCAGCUUCUGCCAACCUAGCAGUUUGAAAGCAUACCAGUGCAAGUAGAUAAAUAGGUACCGCUGCAGUGGGAAAGUAAAUGGUGUUCUGUGUGCUCUGGCACUUGUCACAUUCCUCCAUGCACCAGUAGCGAUUUAGUCAUGCUGGCCGCAUGACCUGAAAAGCAAAUGCUGGCUCCCUCAGCCUGAAAAGCGAGAUGAGCACCACACCCCAUAGUCGCCUUUGACUGGACUUAACUAUCCAGGGGUCUUUUACCUUUUUUACCUUUAUCUACUCCAAUAUUAGAAUAAGCUUCUGCAGUCAUGUAGUUUGCCAGUUUUUGCUUAAAAGUGAAAACUGAAACUAGCUUCUAGCAAUGGAGAGGCGAGAAGAGGCUACUUAUGACCUUCCUUGCACAACAGCUUUGCAAUGUAUGCCAGUUGCAUCCCCAACUGUCUGCUUGCUGCCACCACACUCCCUAUUAACCGCUAUAAGUCCCAGGUUAGGUGAAAUCUGGGAGGUCAGAUAAAUUGCUUCUAAAGGGACACUGUCCUGGCCCUUGCUGCCAGAUUAAGAACUCAAACUUGGGUUUCUGUUUCUUCCAAACUACAUAAUGCACAAAUCUAUUAUAUAUUGAAAUGGCUAAGCAUGAAUUGAAAUGUUGAUCCAAUAAAUUCUACAACCCUGCCUCUUCCUUUUGAAAAGCAGGAUGGGAGCAAGCCUUAGCAUGGCAAAAGACAGGCAUUUCUCCUCUGGGUAGGCAAUGAGGAACUUCUGUGAGUGGGCGCCAGCAUCUGCAUAACCAUGACAAAAGAGAUGCGGACUCAGUAUCCAACUUAUUCUCCAGCAGAGAAUUCCUCACUAACAGAAUAUAAUUUUGUCUUCCAUUCUGUACCCUCGCUUUGCACCCAUUUCCCUCCCUCUCCUUUCCCUUCCCUCCUCCGCUUGUCCACACUGCUUGCACAGACCAUGACCAUGGUAACCUCCUUCAUCCUCCUCCUCCUCCAGGAGUGAAUCACUCACACAAAAUGGUUGCUACCUGUAGUUGCAUGGGGUGGGAAGGGGAUCCUGUAGGGGUAUAAUGUGGAGGAAGUGGCAGUGGGGUUGGCAAGUGGAGCAAGCAAGGACGCAACCGCUAGUUAAGAAUAACAAAGAAGGAAGAGGGAAAACAGAUAAAGCAGAAUAUUUAAAAUAACAGGAACUUGUUGGUUCAAAGCUAUCUAACCUAAUUAUGGGACUUACAAAAAAGGCUUCUGUUCUAGUGAACAAUGCAGUGUAGAUACCAGCUGCAGAGUGUUAUGAUGGUCAAUGAGGGACAAGAGACCCUGAUGUAAAGGAUCCCGAUAUGAGUGGCCAAAACCUGCAUGGGCACAGUCCAUGUUUUAAGGUUUUCCUUUCCAUAUUGGGUUGAGUGACAGCUGGCACUUUUUUAGCCAGAGCACAGGUCACAUCUGCAAACACCUUUAGGGAAGUUGGGGGAGAUGGUAGUCAUCUUCUGGGAAUAUGGGGAAGUGCCUAUCUGAGGAACUGAUAUUUCUUGAUGUUGUUGCCAGACUGAACUUGGUGUGUGCUUUUGUACUGGUAGGUGGUUAUGCCUGGUUCAUUCAAGCAAAAUGUAGGGCAAGAGAGCAGAGCUUUUCUCCACAUGUCUUACUUACUAAGGAGAAAUAACUAGGUUAAAAUUCAAGUUCCAUAUUGGAUUUUUUAUAUAGAUUUUUGGUAUAGGACCUCAAGAGUAGCUGGUGAGAGACAUGCAGCUGAGCUGGAGCUACCAGCUCAAACCUGCUGAGUUUCUGAGCUAGAAUAGGCUUAUUUCCUCCUAAGGUAAGGGGAAGUGACAUAGCUAAGCCUGACAGGACAGCUUACUCUAUGACAUUGACUCCUUCACGCAUUAAUUAGACUAACCACAUUUUUCGCCCUAUAGGACGCACUGUCCCAUAAGGCGCACCUAGUUCUUUUGGGGGGAAAUAAAGGGGGAAAUUUUUAUUCCCCCCCCCAGAAGUGGGGCUGGGGCGGGGGAAGCCCGAGCUUCCCCCGACCCCAGCCCCCAGAACAGGCAGCUCUCCGCAAGCCGCGGGAGCCCAGUGCCGGGCUCCCGCGCCUUGCGGAGAGCUGUGCGAAGCCUGGAGAGCGAGAGGGGUUGGUGCGCACCGACCCCUCUCGCUCUCCAGGCUUCAGCGAAAGCCUGCAUUCGUCCCAUAGGACGCACACACAUUUCCCCUUCAUUUUUGGAGGGGGAAAAGUGCGUCCUAUAGGGUGAAAAAUACGUUAAGUCCAUUGGCUAUAUCAGGCUGGUCACCCCACCACCACAACAUCCCAUUUCAUUGAGGCUCAGUAGCUCUUAGGUGCCCAGUUCCAAGUAAGUUUCACUAUUUUUUCUCUAACCUACUGAUGUGCUAAAUUAUACUAUUUUACAGGCUGGUUUGCGCACAUUACAUGAUAUUGGACCAGAAAUUCGACGGGCAAUCUCUGGAGACUUAACAGCUGAAGAAGAAUUAGACAAGGCCAUGAAAGAAGCUGUUUCUGCUGCCUCUGAAGAUGAUAUUUUCAGAGUAAGUACUUUUCUAAAAACCUCCAUUGGCCUAUGGAAUUAGAUCAUAUUCUAACAUAUCAAAUCACAAAAAUCAAAUAAAUCUGUUAUAUCCAACAAGAAGCAAUGUCCCAUGAUUCUGUCAGAUCAAUAAUUAAGGUUGGUUGUUUGGGGGGUGGAUUGCUUCUUUAGGUUUAACAAUGUACUAGGGAGCAGCUGGGGGACGCGGGUGGCGCUGUGGGUUAAACCACAGAGCCUAGGACCUGCCGAUCGAAAGGUCGGCGGUUCAAAUCCCCGCGGCGGGGUGAGCUCCCGUCGCUCGGUCCCAGCUCCUGCCAACCUAGCAGUUCGAAAGCACCCCAAAAAGUGCAAGUAGAUAAAUAGGGACCGCUAUCCAGCGGGAAGGUAAACGGCGUUUCCGUGUGCUGCGCUGGUUCGCCAGCUGCAGCUUAGUCACGCUGGCCACGUGACCCGGAAGCUGCCUGCGGACAAGCGCCGGCUCCCGGCCUUUUGAGUGAGAUGAGCGCGCAACCCUAGAGUCGGUCACAACUGGCCCUGAUGGGCAGGGGUACCUUUACCUUUACCUUUAGGGAGCAGCUUGUCUGCACUUCUCUCUCUCCCUAGAUUGGUGUCAACAAGAUGAAACCUCAUUCACUUCUCUCCUUAGAUGGCAGUUAAUUAUGGAGGCUUAAAAUUUGUCUUGCUUAAUGUAAAUGGCCUUAGGGACCCUAUAAAGCCUGCACAAGUUGCCACUGCGCCCUGAUAUAGUUAUGCUUCAGGAGGUAUAUCAGUGAAGGAAGUCUACUCAGUGGCUGUUAAAAAGCACCUGGAUUGAUGACUAGCUCUGCUCUUUUGGGAGGAUAGCAUGUCAACAGCACGAGCCAUUUGGAUGUUCCAGAAGUAGGCCAGGGCUUUGUGGUGCAUCUUGGGACAGCCUUAAAAUGGGAUUAAACAAAUUCAUGGAGAAUUAAGCUAUCAAUAGCUAUUAGCCAUGAUAGCUUAUGUUCGACCUCCACUGCCAGGGGCAGUAUGCCUCUGAACACCAGCUGCUGAGAAUCAUAAAUGGGAGAGUGGUUCCCUUCAUGUCCUGCUUGAAAUAUUGGUGAAAAUAAUGACCAUGCCUCAUUUCAAACAAUACUGCAUGCAUGCAUAAAAUAAAUACAUUGGAAGUAUCUAUUUGACCCACUCACUAAGAAUAUGUUUUUGAUUUUGUUCACAGAGAGCAGGUGGCUUGUUUGGAAAUCAUGUCGGUUACUACCAAAGUGAUGGCAGAAGUUCAUUCCCUCAGACAUUCACCACUCAGCGCCCUUUGCACAUCAAUAAAUCUAGCAGCAAUCAGGGAGACACUGAAUCCCCAUCCCAUGAGAAGCUUGUGGAUUCCACUUUCACUCCAAGCAGCUACUCAUCAUCCGGCUCCAAUGCUAACAUCAACAAUGCCAACAACACUGCCUUGAGUCGCUUCCCCAGCCCACCAAGCUACCCCAGCACUGUCAGUACUGUGGAAGGCCAUGGCACCCCUCUAUCACCCACUGCACGGAUCCAAGAAGUUCCUUGGAAGCUUGGCUGCAGAAGGUAAAGAGCAGUAACUGUAGCAGUAGUUCUAUUAUUUCCUAUAAAUAUAGGGAUAUUUAUAUUUUGCAUUCUUGCCCCUACUUUGCUCUUUGCACAUUUGUAGGCCAUCCAUAUAUGUGAAGAGCCACACAGGAAUUAGUUAUGAGUAAGUGUCCCAGUAUAUGAUCUGUGGAAUGAAAUAAUAACCAUAGGGAAUAAGACUUGAGAGAGUUUGUGUUUCUCAAAUAGAGAUGAAAUGAACAUUAUUGUCUAGUAGAAAAGUAUUAGUACAACAACUAAGCAUCUGCUGUAAAGAUGAUUUGACACCUCUGCUUUGAAUUGAUGGAAAGUGAGCUUGCUAACAUAGCCCUGUUGCUAACAUAGCCCUGUCAUAGUACACUGGGCAACAUUUUGGCAAAUGCAAUGUGUUUCAAACUCCUAUUUUUAAAAAUCUCAGUGUUUAGCAAUAAAGUCCUUGGUUAAUUUUAGAGAGCAUUUAAGAAAUGGUAGUUAUCAUUCAUAAUAUAACUCAUUCUUUGAUUUUCAGAUGAGUUUACAUCCAUUUACAUAAAUGUAACUAAGUCUAGAGCAGUCAAGUUUCUUUUGCAAGACAAAUGCUUUUGCAAGAACUAGUAUUGUUCUAUUUUUCUACUUUUUCCUGCAAAUCCAAAAGAAAUCCAAAUAUAUUUUAUUUAUUUUUCCUUUCCAUCUAUAUUCCUGAUUUGAUCUUCUUUUCCUUCCUAUACUUCCCUGAAGAACUAGGACACAUUACUAUGAAACACUGGGGCGGUAGGUCUUUCUCUUCCUGCUCUUAACAUACUUGGGAUAUAAGUUACUUUAUAGACUGAUAUUAAAUAUAAACUAUUUAUUUUCAGUACUGACAGACCUAGUGAGAGAGCAAGAGAUCACAUCACUGAACAAAUAAAUGAUUACCGUAAUUUUUUGUAGUGUAGGGCAUAGACUUACAAUAAAUUAAUUUGAAUGAGUUAUGCAGAGCACUUAUAAGUCAUUUUGUAACUAAUUCUGCGUGCUCAGGUCAAACUACAAACUAUGUGGGAGAGCCCUGAAUGAUCUUCCAACUUUCUUUGAAAAAUUACAGAAAUGUGCUUGUAUGUUCAAGCGCAGUGAAUCUGCUGCCUGGUGCCUUAUGAACAUGAAAGAAAUACCAUACACAGGACUACGUUCUUGGAUCAAAACAGGCCACAACUUUAUUGAUUACAGAUCUAAAUGGACUUUGGCCUGGCCACUGGGUGAUUAUCAGUUCAAUCAGCCCACCUGGUGGCAGUCAGCAGAAUGCUGUGCUGGAUGAGGAUGUGUCCCCUUUUUAACCCUGGGAAGCAAACCUAAGUGGAGACUGCAGGCAGUCUCCAGUUGGCUCUGCUGCUCAAGUGAUGCUUCCCAAGUCCCCCCAAGUCUUUUUUUUCUGCUCUUUCAAUGCAUUUUUAAGUAUGAAAUGAUUAGUCCAGUCUGAUUCAGUGGUGAUGAGUUCAAAAUAAUGCUGUUAUUUCACAUUAACGUAGAAAGAUUUUUAUUUUUCCACCAAAUACUGAUAACUGAUAAAUGUAAAGUAACAGUAAUAGGAAACGGCUUAAGUAAUCAAUAUAGGUUGUGGACACCAAUUACAGUUUACCUUUGCUUUAUAGGCAAGUUAUUCAGCAGUUAUAUCUCAGGAUAGCAUCAACAGGGGAAACUGUCAUAUGUUCAUAUAUAAGCCCUGAAUAAGCUACAUAAACAUUUGCUUGAUCAAUCAGUUUGUAUCUCAGGUCUGUUUCUCCAAGCUUCUACAGUUAAGAUUGCAGUGUUGUAUCUUGGAGUUUAUUUAUUUAAUAUAUUUAUUUAUAUACCACUUCCUAAGUUCCUAAGUUGUGGUUUAAAAAGUUAUCACUUUAGCGUGCUUUUGGGAAGUGACGCAAAAGUUCUAUUUCAGAAGUAUGGACAAGCAUCAAGAACAUGAAGCCUAAAGUACAUGCUUUUUGUCCCCACCCUCACCCAUCUCAAAAUUUCCAUGUUAAUUCUGACAAAGUUAAGAGCUAUACGUAAGGACUGCAUCACACUUUUCUCAUAAUUUAUGUUUUGUGUGUUUUCUUUGAAUGGAUGUGUUAUAAAAUAAUGCAAAAGGAAUAUGUGUUUCUACAUUGCCUUCACUAUUUCUAUUUCUCUUAUAUUGAUUAGAUCCUGUUCCAGAGACAGUCAGGUGGCUAUUGUUUGUGAGGAGGAGACUUGUCAAGAGGAAGAGAAAUAUGAUGAGCAACUGAAUGAAGAAAUUGAGUACUGUGGUGAACCAAAGCUGGUACCAACUGAAAUGUGAGUAUUUUGCUAUUGCAGCCAAGUAGGGGUUGUUAGGUUUGUGGGAGGGGGGCGUCCUGCAACUCCAAACACAUAAAGCAAAAACCCCAGAGUUCCCAUGUAUUUCAAGCAAGGGAGUGAGGCUAAGAUUAUACUUACACUGCCAUUUUUCUCCAUCCAACCAUAGCACAGUUUGACCCUAGACUCUUAUCCUAGCUUCCAGUCCUAAUAGCACAAAUCAUCCUACGUGUUGCAGGAUGGGACAAUAUAUUUCCAAUCUGUACUAACUCAUACCUCAAAUAGGAGCCAUGUCCUCAUUUGAAGCUAACUUGUCCUUUUCCAUUACAGGCUCUCAUGUAAAGAUGAUGAACACAGACAGUUAACUCCACCUGAAAACAACAUUAGAUACUCUCCAAAGAGUGGGUUCCUGCAUUCCUCAUCACUAAGUAAUAAUUCCAGCUUCAUAUGACAAACAUGAAACAAUAUCUCUUCAGAUUUUCUAACCGCAAGCAUUUUUACUACAUGGGCGUGUUGGGAGUACUGGGGUUCAGCCAAUUUGAAAAACAUUGGCACCUACAAAAAAAAUAUUCUGCAGCUGUGGGAAUUGUUAGGCUGCCUGUUUUAACUUUUUCAAAGCAGAAUAGUUCUAAUUCUCUCAAAUAGCAAAUGGGGUUGUAAACCUUUCUCAACUGUACUACUUAUACAACAGGUACAUAGUCCAAUGACAGAAUAUUUCACUACCCCCCAAAAUACCCUUUUAAAAUUCUGACAUAUGUAAAACUAGGCACGCUAGGGAGAAAGAUAGAUUGGAACCCUUCUAUCAGACAGCAUGUUUUCUUUCUUCAGUGAUUCCCCAUCCAAACAUUAUGUCAGCCUCCACCUGCAUUUUGAUGUAGUACAGUCCAGACACAGGUUUGCCAUCUCAGUGCGAUGCAGGCCAAAAAUCACAUCUCAUAUGAAAGAGAUGUGAUCGGUCUCCAACCGCUUUCUGAACGUGGCAGCAGGAAGGAACCAACUGAAAAUGCUUAACCUUUUCUGUAUUUGCUGAUUUUCUCCUGCAAAUCCACCCCCUUUUCUUUCCAAUCAGGCUUAUUUCCAGUCUCGGAUUCUAACUGGGGUAAAAGGGUGCUAAAAACAAAAAGAGUUGCAAGAGGUCAGUGGUGUGCAGGAAAAUAUUGCGCAUCUGCCUCUACCUGCCUGUUCUCCUCUGCAAAUACCCUACCCCUUUAUUAGUGAUACAAGGCAAAUAUACAAAUAAGAACCCAUGUUUGCAUCAUAAAAUGUUACAUGAAGUUCCACCCCUAAUUGUGUUAUGAAAGCAGCUUAAAAUAUUAUCACACUUCUGUGCAACUGGCUUUGCAGGUCGAAGAGCAUCCUUUCAUCUGGAGUGUCUUAAGAGACAGAAAAAUCAGGGUACGGAAGUCCCACAGAAGACAGCAGUGCCCUUGCAUGUGGUACAUCAUCAGGUAAGCAUUCAUCAGUGAACAUCUAACUAUGGGAUCACACUCUCACUAGGUAUGCUUCUGAACUCAGCUGUUUCUGGAUUGGGGACAGACAGCAAUGGCCAGAAAUGCUGAUUUAUCAAUUACGUCUUAUAUGCCACCUGUACCUUCCUGAAAAACAAGAGUUUAGCAAUUACUGUUGCCUUGGUGAUCUUUCAGUUCAAUUGUUGCAUUGUACUGCAUAUAAUCCAAAACGUUCGGAAACCAAAGUGCAGCUUCUGACUGGCUGCAGGAAGCUCCUGCAGCCAACCAGAAGCCCUGUCGGACGUUUGGCUUCCAAAAUAGUUUGCAAACCCGAACAGUCACUUCUGGGUUUGUGGCGUUUGGGAGCCAAAACGUUCGAGAACUAUGCUGUUCGAAAACCAAGGUACAACUGUAUAUGCAGAGUAAAGAAGUAUUUUCUUUUGUCUCUCUUGAAUCCCCCUACAUUCAGCUUCAUUGGAUGACCCCAGGUUACAGUAUUAUGAGAAAGGGAGAAGGGUUUUUCUCCCUGUCCAUUUCUACCAUAUGCAUAAUUUCAUACAACUCUACCAUAUACUCCUCUAUUUACCUUAAGAAACCUUUUUUAUAAGUCAGCUUGUACAGUUUCUUUUCUCAUAUUAUGAUUCAACUUGCAGCCAUCAUCAUGUACAAUGUUCUCCUUUCUUUCUAUCUAUAGGCACUAGCAGUUGCAGGCCUGAGUCCUCUUCUUCAAAGAAGCCAUUCACCCCUAAGAUCAUCUCGGUCAUGUGCCACACCCCCUGCCACACCCUGUAUACAAGAUUGGUUACAGCAGCCUAUUAAAACCUUGCGGCUUGAAGGAGAGGAAUCCAAUGAGAAACUCAAUAAUAGCUUCCCAUCAAUACAUUGCAGCUCCUUGUAUUCCGAUAGCCCCAGCUCUAGCAGCACUCGAAAAGCCAGGCCGGUCUCCCUCACAGUUCCCAGUCAGACCAGAGAGUGUGGCAGACAAUUUCACGGCAGCGCUAACAGCCUUGUUGAAGCGGUAAGUUGAUGUGGUAUUGGUAACUGAUGUAACAAUCAUGACACUUAUGGAGAUCAGGCCCCAAAGUUACAUGUAUUCUAUGCAAUACAUUAUAUUUCAUGGACACAAAUAUAGGAGGUUAAGCUUACUUUUCCUUUAGAUGAAUCCAAAACUCUUACAAUUCUUAGAUAGACCAUUAAUCUGAACAAGACCACCAGUUUUUAUCCCAGUCAUGCAGUUUUUGAGAUCCCUGUGAAAUCUUUGCCUUUUACAAAAGUAAUUAACAGUAAAUGUAUGAAAGGAAAAUAAUUCCUUAUGUAGGAUAUAAAGUUUGUCAAAUAGAAACAGGGAGGUUGGGCCUGAGGGCAGGGGUUUAUUAAAAUGUUUACGUAAUUGUCCAAGGCCGUUAAUAUCCCCACUAUUAUAGCCUGCCCUCUUGAUCAAGAUUGCUAUUCUAUUCCUAUAACCAGAAUGUUCUAUAAAGCAAAAGCUUUAUCUGCUAGCACAAAUAUACAGAAGUGUAGUUUAAUAAAAUUACAGUUAUUAAAUGAACUAAACUGCAUUUGUACUGUAGGCAGGACGCUGUCAGGAGAUAACUUAGCAUGUAGCAUCUCUGGCAGAAAUGACCAGUAGUAUAGGUUUGAAGCAAGAGAAACCCAAAAAUUUUUUUUUCUAAAUACUGUGAGUAUUUCACUUUAUUUAUCUAUACUAGCAAGUGAAUAAAACAAAAUUGGCUCAAAGUGCAAUCCUAACCAUGUCUCCUCAAAAGUAAGCCCAAAUGAAUUCAAUGGGACUUACUCCCAAGUAAGUGGGUUAGGAUUGCAGCCUUUGAUCCUAAAUUGCUGUUCAGUUUAUGUUGGGGGGGGGGAUAUUUUUGUCAAUUCAGCAACCCCACAACACCAUAUUCAAUACCAUUCCCAAUCCCUACAAUCAGAUUUUCAGGGGUGCUGCAGACUGAAGAGGAAGGGGAUAAUGGGAAAGCUUUAUUACAUUAACUGCUCCAUUCAUAGAAGGAAAGAUAGGGCCCAAGCCAUUGUCCUAUAAAGCCAGGUUUACCCAUCAAAUUAUUACUGUCUGUUAUUUCCACAGAUUGCUUUGGCUCUUGUUAUUAUAUUAAAAUUGAUUUUUGCUUUUCUUUCUUGUGUUUGAUCUCCUGGCUCUUUAAAGGUCUUGAUUUCGGAAGGCCUGGUGCAGUUUGCUCAAGAUCCAAAGUUCAUUGAGGUCACAACCCAAGAGCUGGCUGAUGCUUGUGACUUGACGAUAGAAGAAAUGGAGAAUGCUGCUGACAACAUUCUCAAUGGUAACAGCAAGCCAAGCCCCAAUGGCAACCUCUUGCCUUUUGUUAACUGCAGGGACCCAGGGCAGGACUGUAUGGGAGAGAAAGAGGAAACAGCCCAGAACCCAGAUUGUAGAAAAAGUCAAGAGGAGCCUAAGGACAGCAGGAUUUAUAUCAGCAGCCUGUAG